AUGUACCCAAUUGGCCAUUUUGGAGUUGUGCAGGGAACUGGGGUGUGUUUUUCAUUUUCUAUUCCACCAAACGACGCUUCUAUGCGACUGUGGAUUGAUGGUUCCUUGUUAGUGUCCGCCGUUAUGUUUCAUGCCACUGUCAGUGAACAAACUCCUGAUACCCCGGUGUCUAGUCAUGAAGGAAAGUAUUUUAGGGUGAAAUCAGCUUUUAACUUUGCUGCAGAUCUUCAAGACUAUCCCUAUGACAACCAAACAUUGAAAAUUGUCAUCCAGGACAUGGAAAUGACUGCAAAGGAGCUCAGGUGGAAAGUAAUGCAGGGCUCCGAUGACAGCGAUUUCAAAUAUCGUGGUGGUGUAUCUCCUACUCUUAACUACACUGGCUGGUUGUUUGACACUAACUCUUGGUCACAGAUGGUGUAUGAAAGAUAUAAUCCAUUUUUGGAUCAAGGCGUUUCUCGUUACGAAUUUCUCUUUCACAUGAGAAGACACAAGCGAGCCGCGUUUUUCAAGAUAUUUUUACCGCCAUUGUUUAUAGUACUUGUGGUAAGUGUAGUAAAAACGUUGGUUAAGGCCUUUCUCUGCUCGCACGCGUGUGUNUUCUUCUUCUUUCUCUACUACGUGAAUUUAUCUCUGUACCAUGUACUGCUUUAUGAACUUCUUGUCGCUGUCUUGUCGCUCACACUUAACAGAUUCGUCUCUUGUCUCAAAUCCCGUUUGUUCAGGUUACUAAGGUUUGACAGAUCAUCUGGUACGAGUUGUCAAACGCCACUGGAAGAAACUGCUAAUACGCGAGGCGAUGGGUAUUUUCAACUAACACAAGAUGAGAAAAAGUAG